AUGUUGAGCAAGAUCCAGAGCUGGAUUGCUAGCUGCGUAGCUACUCACCAUGAUUGUACCAUAUUCAACAAGUCCAUUCCGAAACGUUUAAUCAAGUUGGAUGGCGAUGCAUGCUUGAGAUCGCCGGAAACGCCCGUCCGCUAUGCUGCCCUGAGUUACUGUUGGGGAUCAUUCAAACAACCCACAACUACAAAGGCCAACGUUGCGAUACGUUACAACCAUCUCAACAUCUCCAACCUUCCGCAAACCCUCAAGGAUGCCGUAGUGAUGACUCGUAAGCUUGGGAUAGAUUACCUCUGGAUUGAUUCCAUUUGCAUUGUGCAAGACGACGAAGACGAUUGGGCCACAGAGAGUGCCAAAAUGGGGGAUCUCUAUUCGAAUGCAUACGUUGUUCUGGCAGCUACGGGGGCAAUUGUGAACAAUCACGGUUUCAUCGAGCAAACCAGACUGAGCCAGUUUCCUUUGUUCAAGCGAGGAUGGACCAUGCAAGAGAGACUCCUGGCCACUCGGACCGUGCAUUUUCUGCCUGACGAGGUAUUGUAUGAAUGCAAGACAAGCACAAGAUGUGAAUGUGGUACCAAAAACGACUCAACAUUAAACCAAAUCACCUGGCCGCCAAAAGAAAAACCGCAUAACCCUCGCUGGUCACACGAACUCGAAUUCAGCCGUGAGUGGGCGAACAUAGUCUCCGAUUACAGCAAGCGACACCUGACGUAUGCAAACGACGUACUGCCCGCGCUAUCAGGAAUUGCCCGCCGUACACUCUCAAUCCAGCCUGGUAAGUAUAUAGCCGGCAUGUGGGAAAAAGGCAUCGCCUUCCAACUGAGCUGGCACACAACAGAGCCAACAAAAGAC